AUGCAGCGACCCCUAGAAAAGGGACCUGCUGAGAGGAGAGUGGAUGGGCAGCAGACUCAGCCCGAGGAGGCAGGAUCCUCCUCUGUGUCCCACAGCGGGAAAUACCAUUCCUUGAUCCAGGAUCAGGCUCGAGAGUUGACCCACCUAAGGCAAAAGAUGAGGAUGGGGAGAGCUUUCUCUUCCCUUCUCAUCCAGCAUGUCAGGAAUACGGUGAAAACCUUUGAGGAGCUCCUUAGCAGCAAUAAAGUUGACCGCUACAUGGAACAGCACUUCCGUGAGCAGCUGACCAAGGGGAGCCUGCUGGCAGAGAGCCUUGCCAGCAAAUUCAGCACAGAUGACUGUACAAGUGAGAAGAAUCAAGCAAGACAGAUGCUGCGAACCCUCAGGAUGUUUGUGGCCAAGGCUCUGGGCCACUGUUGUUCUCCCCUGCUCCCCACUCUCCACUUCCAGACAAAAAUGAACUGUUUGGCUUCUCCUCCUAAGGAACAGUCUCCUUGA